AUGGCUUCUUCCUCUUCCAUGCCUCUGCUGGUGAAAAACGAAGAGCCGAGAAACUGGUCGGAGCUUCCGCCGGAGUUGACGUUUUCGAUCAUGAUCCGGCUUGACGCGGUUGAGAUACUUGAAGACGCUCAGAAGGUUUGCAGAGCAUGGAGACGCGUCUCUAAGAACCCUUCGCUGUGGCGGAAAAUCGACAUGCGAAGCCUGAAAACCCGCAAAUUAGAUCGUCACGACUUAGAUAAAAUGUGCCGUAACGCGGUUGAUCGUAGUGAGGGCGGCUUGGUCGAAAUCAGCAUUGGCAACUUCUGCACCGAUUCUCUCCUCAAUUACAUCGCCGACAGGUCAAGUAACCUGAGAAGCCUUGGACUUGAAAUGUUCUAUUCAAUGACUAGCAAUGGACUUGUUAACGCAGUCGCAAAACUUCCACUGCUUGAAGUCCUCGAGCUCUAUGAGACAUGGCAAAACCUGGACUUGAAAGCUAUAGGUCAUUCGUGCCUGAAGCUAAAGACAUUGAAGCUAAACUGCUCAGGUACCAAAUUUGAUGAUGAUGAUGCCCUAACAAUCGCCAAAAGCAUGCCGGAACUACGUCACCUCCAGCUUAUUGGGAAUAGACUAACUGACAUUGGGUUAAACGCCAUUCUUGACAAUUGUCCUCACCUGGAACACCUUGAUUUACGCAAGUGUCUCAACAUUACCCUUUCCGGGAAUUUGGAGAAGCGAUGUUUGGAGAUGGUCAAAGGUUUUAGACGCCCCAAUGAUUCAACCGCUGAUUAUCCAUAUUAUGCCGCUUUUUACGAGUCAGAUGAAGAAUUGGACUGUUUAAAUAGCCGCGACGUCGACUACUAUUCAGGUGGCGAUGACUAUGAAUGGUACUAG